AUUUCAUCAAGACAGUAUCAAGCAUGAAGAGACUUCAAGAAAAGGAGAAGUGAUUUCGUAACAGUACGUAGUUGGCCAACAAAAACAAAGAUUUCAUGGAUCAAAGGAGUCAUUUACAUUCAGGAGAUGACGGAGAGCAGUCAGUUCGUGUUGAUGAGAUGCUGCUAAGACUCCAGGGUGCUGUUGCCAUGGCGAUGUCACGCACCCGUCAGAGAGUUAUUCAGGGCUUUGUUGUGUUUUUAUUUGUCUUCCUGCUCUUCUGGCUUGCUGCCUUUUUAUAUGGGAGCUUCUACUACUCUUACAUGCCCAGGGCAGCUUUUUCCACACCAGUGCACUAUCACUACAGGACAGACUGUGAAUCCCCUGCUUCUUUCUUGUGCUCUUAUCCACUGGCCAACAUCUCCUUGAUGAGAAAUAAGAAGCAUGUGCUGACAUUCAGCCAGGCCUAUCGGAUCUCUCUGCAGCUGGAGAUGCCCGAGUCUCCAGCCAAUCAAGAGCUGGGGAUGUUCCUGAUCAAAGCAACCUGCUUUUCUCAGGAUGGAAGCCAGGUUGCCACCUCUGCUCGCUCCGCAAGACAGCUGCUAUCUGCCGCCAGCUCUCGCUUUAGCAUGCUGCGAUACCGCUCAAACCUGCUGAGGAGCCUGGGAACGCUGCUGUUCCUCCCGGCCUUUCUCACUGGAGCAGCUGAGCAGAAACAGGUGGUGGAGGUGGAGCUCUUCUCAGACUACACAGACGACCCUUAUGCCCCAGCGGAGACAGCCAUCAUCGAGAUCCUGUCCAACAAAGUGGAGAUCUAUUCAUCUCAUCUGUACAUUCAUGCUCAUUUCACUGGCAUAAGAUACUUGUUGUUCUACUUCCCUGUCAUAUCAGCAUUAGUUGGUGUUUCCAGUAACUUCAUCUUCCUCAGUGUCCUCUCUGUCCUGAGCUACAUAAGGCUGCUGUUGGGAGUAGGGUGGAGACCAGAGCAGCUCAGAAUAGAUAGACCACUGUCAGAGAGGGAAGGGAACACAAACAACCAGCAAGAGGACAAAGAAGAUGAUUCUGCAGGUACUGCAGAGCUGCAGGGUCCCCUCCAGACAACCCCCCACAAAUCUUAGCCAGGAGAAACCCCUUUUACACUUUGGUGACAGUGCAGAGCUGGAGAACAGACAGAUGCAGGUCAUGUUGAAAUAACUGAAUAAAAGGUAGCCUGAGGCCAUACUGUAAAUAAAGAGCAACAGAAAGUGUAGAGAUUGAUCUUGAUAGUGAGAUGUAAGGAUCAAGAUUUAUAAUGGAUGAAAAAGACUCAUAAAGCACCUUUACAACACUAACAAAUAUGUGUGUUAUGACUGAAGCUGACCUGUUUGAGCUGUAGAUCAGGAAAGCUGUCAUUUAUACUUUUACAUGAUGUAAUCUGUGUUCUGCUGGUAUUUUAAUGGUAACACCCUGUGAUCUACAAGACUGAUAUUAUUACUUGAUAUACAAAUCUCACAAGAUCAGUGCCUGUAACCCUCAUCUGGUGGUCACUAUGGAGAAAUUUUGUGUAGUAAAUAAAUACAAAAUGAAAUUUGUAUAAAAAAUAAAUGGGCAAAUUAAUACAAACUAUGUCAUGUAACUCUGAAAUCAUGAAAUAAUACUAUACAUUUUAAAGCUCAGCAAAUCUGCUUCUUCAUCCAUUAUCGAUACCGCUUAUCUUAUCUGAAGCCAAUCCCAGCUGACACUGGGUGAGAGGCGGGGUACACCAUGGAUAGGU